AUGAUCAAGGAAGCGGUGCAACAAGCCCUGGCAGAAGAAAAGCAGAAGACCAAGGGCACGUCAUCCACUUCGGAGAAGACGUCAAGCAAGAAGGAGAAGACGACAACCUUCGACGAGUCUCGUCGAUCAGGGAUGCAUCUGCAGGACCCCCGGGCCGAGAAGACUCAAUGGCCAUGUUUCGGAGAACAUCACGAGACUCGGGGGAGCAACCGCUUCGGAAUGUGGAGCGAUUGCCGGAAGUGUGGAAUUCGAAUGAUGUAUACUCCAGCUGUGGGCAGUCCGGCCACCUCAGUGCAUCAAGAUCUUCCUGCAACGGUCACCGAGGCAUUGGCCAAUCUUCGCAGCGACGGUUACCAACCUCAAGAGGUGGAUCACAAGCUGGUGAAAUAUGCGAUCAAGUUGGUGACGGCCGAGAAGGUGAUGAAAGGCCGACCUCCAAAGAACCAGACAAAAGCCAAAGCAAAGGGCUAUCCCUCGCCGCCGGAGACACCACAGCCAACAGCGGCAGAGGUCCAUGUGAUGACCGACUCCGACACAGAGGGUUUCCAAUCUGAAGAGUCCGACCUCCAGUCAGAGACUCGCAAGAUGGUCCAAGAAGUGAUUCAAUCACACAACCAGUUUGGUGUUGCUGCGGAACUUCGGCAGCUGAGAGCUACAGCUGUGAAGGAUGUAGUGCGACACAUUCUCGACAUUUUCAGGGCAGCGAUUUCACGUGAUCCAAAAAAUGUGCAUGUCUACUUUGAGUGGCCACGGGAUGCAGUGGACGGCUGGCGCAUUCAAGAGUUUCAGCGUUUUGAGCGAUGGCUUCACUCAACCUUUGGCAUCCAACUUUUCCGCACGCACAUUCAUGGUUGCAUGUUUGGGGUGCGUGCUCCAUCGGGAGAACUCUUGAACAAGCCCUGGGUGAUUUUGACCACUGAUGAGUUCUUUUUCAAGCAUGCCACCACCAAGUGUGACGGAUCACAUGAGCACCGUCCUGGCGGAAUGUUGGGAAUGGGAUCAAAACAUGUCAAUGCUACCGCAUUUUACCCCACAUCAAUGGCACGUCGAAUAGUACAAGUUUGGAAGAAAGGAAAGUUCCAGGACAAUGACAUGUUUGUCCUCAAUCAACUCCACACAGCAGCGCAUUCAUAUGAAGAUCCAGUAGCAUCAAAUCCAUUCACACUGCAAGAGCUUCAAGAAGAUUUACCAGAACUAGAUGAGACCGCAUAUGCAGCAUCAAAACGCAAACCACGAACACAAGAUCCAGAUGAUGCAGACCCAGACCAAGAUCAGCAUGAAUUUGUUGAUGACACCCAACGAGAGCGGUGCCGUGCCAUGCUUCACCGACUGCAUCGAUCGGCUGGUCAUCCCAGCAAUCGAAAUUUGGCGAGGCUGAUUCGGGACAGAGGCUUACCAAGGUGGAUGGUAGAAGAAGCAGCAAAUCUCAAGUGCCAAGCAUGUGUUGAGAACCAGAGGGGAAAUCAGUUGAUCCCCCACAAGAGCAUUGGAGUGCAACCUCAACCUUGGCAAUUUGUAGGUAUGGAUGUGUUUGAAGUGCCCUUCCCGAAGCAGCAGUGCAAAGUUCGUUAUUUGGUGAUGGCAGAUCUGUGUAUGCAGUUUGUAUCACUUCAAGUUCUCCAUGUUGGUUCACUCUCUGAUUCUGGCACUGAUGGAGGUGACAAAUUGGUGGCAGCCUUCUGCAAUGGAUGGCUCAUCCACCGACCGAGGCCGGAAUGGGUGCUUGUAGAUUCCCAAACAAGUUUGUGCUAUGGGGCUAUGUCAGAUUUUCUUUCCAUGGCUGGUAUUGGACUUUCAGUAAUUGCGGGAGAAGCUCACUGGCAACAUGGAAAAACAGAAAGCAUGGUCCGGAUCACCAAGGGGAUCAUCAGAAGACUUCGCAAUGAGAAUCCAGAGAUUGAUCCAGCAGCAGCAGCAUAUUUAGCGUGUAUUGCCUCAAACAACACUUGGAAGUCUAAUGGUUUUAGUCCAGUUCAAUGGGCCUAUGGGUGCGAUCCAGAUUUCAAACGAGAUGUUGAGCCAGACCCACUGGAGGCAAAUAAACGUUUUGGUAUAGGUCCUAAAAUUUUUGCAGAACUUCAGCAACAUCGUGAUCGGGCAAGAGCUAUUUGUGCAGAAGAGAUUGCAAAAGAGACUAUGACCCGGUUGUGGAAUUCCUCUUCUCGUCCAGUUUCUUCCUUUCAGGUAACCAAGCGGCUUCAGCUUCAACCGCCGAACCUUCAAGCCCACAGCAGUGGACAGAAGAGGUGCGUAGUGGAAGACCAACCCGAUCACGGAGUUCAACAGCUUGUCCGGGACAAGAUUUUUCAGUUGGAAAUUCAGCAGAAACAAGAAGAAUCACUUCAACUUUUGCGUGAUCAGAUUGAGAAAGAGAAGGAAGAUGAGUCAUUUUUGCUGUCGUACAUUUCCUCUUCAUGUACAUCCUCUCAGCCUUUGGAUUGCUAUCGCGUAGAGUUUGAUAUCCUGGAUGCAGAUGCAUUCACUUCCAACCCUAUUUUGUAUGUGAAGCGAGUUUUGGAGUCAAAGGGAACAGAAGUAACGUAUUCUAAACUUCUCCCUGAAGAGCAGCCAUUAUUUGAUGAGGCGAAAGCUCGAGAAGUAGCAGAAGUGGUUUCAUCAAUGGCUUUACGCAAGAUUUUGGAAGCCACUGAGCAGAAGGAAGCAGAGGAGAAUCCAGGAUGCUAUGACGCAUUGGUCACCAACGAGUCUCUGGGCACCUCCAUUGAUGAUGCGAGGGCAUCCAUCGACAUGAUUGGGGUGCAGCAAGGGACAGAACCUGAGGCUGGGGUGCCUAGGGCCGUGAGUGUCAGGUCUGGGUCAAGUGGUGAAUGCUGGAUUGUUGGUUACAUUGAUGGAGGCCCAGUCUGGUGGAACGCCCAUCACAGGGCGCGCCACGCCUUAGCAACGGUGGCCCUGGCGCUGGUCCGGGCAACCCUGGAGCUGCAGCUGCAGGCUACCGCCCUGGUGCACCUGGUGCCCCGUGCGCCGGUGCAACUGGCGCCAUGCGACCAAGUUGCGGCUACGUGCAGGCGUCGCCACAGAAGCAGGCUGCGUCGCCGCAAGUGCCAAAUCGACACCUCCAGUGGCAGUCUCCUGCAGCCCGGGGGCCCAAGAUGA